CCUGCAAUGGAGACGAAGCUGCAGCUGAUCUUCACUCUCUCCACUCUGAUCUCCAUCACAGGAUCCAGUGAUCCAGUGUUCAGAGUGGUUGGAGAUUCUGUUCAGCUGGAGAUAAAGGAAUCUGUUUCAGAGUUUGAUGACUUUUUCUGGAUAUUUAGUGAAUCUGUUCCUGUUCUAAGAUAUUAUAAGGAAUUUAAACAUAUUAAACUCUACCCCCGUUAUAAAGACAGAGUGGAGAUUAAUGAGGAAACCUGCAGUCUGAUCCUGAAGAAUCUACAGAAGACUGAUAGUGGACUGUAUGAAGUAAAAGCAGCCAAUCCAGAAAAGACAACUUCUGCUACGUACAGACUCUCUGUUUUAGAUCCAGUGGAGGCUCCAGUUCUGACUGUCUAUAACACCACUGACCCCUGUAACUCCACCCUCACCUGCAGAGGUCACGACCUCUCAAUCAACUCCACCUGUUAUAAAGAGACCUGUGAGGAGAAGGAAGUGACAUCAACUGGAGGCGUCGCCCUUUCCCUGUCAGUACGAGACGGCGUCAUCAUCUGUAACCAUAGCAACCCGGUCAGCUGGAAGCAGGAGAAUAUAACAUUUACAGAACUCUGUGCUCAUACAGAUCCUCCGAGAGUUCACUCAGGAUCAAACUGGACAGGGAUCCUGAUUACAGUGGGUAUCCUGGUUCUCCUGGUUGUUGGAUAUCUUUGGAUUAAACAGAGAGGAUCAGCAGAUUCAAGGCAGAUGGAGAUGGAGGACACCGUCUACACAGAAGGGGAUAUCAAUGAUCAGCCAUCACCACGCGAAACGAGGGAGGAGACGGAUUCUAAUGAGUACAGCCCUUCUCCCCAGUAUCCAGAACCAGUUCCAGCCUCUGUUACUGUGGAACCUGAAUAUACCACAGUGUACCCUUCAACACCAGAAUCCUCUCAUUACUAUGAAUACUGGAAGGAUGAACCUACAUCACCUAUCAAUGAUCAGCCAUCAUCACGCGAAACGAGGGAGGAGAUGAAUUCUAAUUCUAGAGUACAGCACUUUUCCCCAGUAUCCAGUGAGUAAUAGAGCAUCAGGACACAACACUGACA